AUGCCUUCUAGUGAUACUAAAGGGAUGAAACCAGAACAUAUUAUCAAAUUGGCUAUGGACAAGCUUAUUGGACCCUAUUUAUGUGUCGAAAUAGUGCCACAAUCUGAAUAUGCACCUGAUUUAAUAGCAAACAACAUGUGCCUUUGUAUUAAAGUCUUAGAGAAUUGUAAAUAUAUCAUUACAUCGAUGCCUAGCAAACCUGUGCUAGCAAAAGCUAGUGCUCAAAUAAUGAAUGAUCUGCAUAUCAGCCUUACAGAACUUAUUAAUAAGCUAUCCGAAGCUUUAAAAAAAGGCUUAGUAGAGGCUGGUUACCAUGGAGAGCUCACAGCCAUGUUGUUACUUCUCAAUAAAAUAAAAAAUCGUCUUGAAGAGACAGUAAAGUUUACAGGAAGAAAAUUCAGUGAAGCUUAUAUUAAGUUUACACACUUUAUCAAUAUUACAUAUACUCUGAAGAGAAAAGAUCUUGGAGAUGCUCUGAUUCAUGGCACUCUUGAUGAAAAGUUUAACGAAAAUCAAAUUUUAUACAUAUUAAUACAAAUUAAAAAUCAUGCUACUAAUAACAAAGGCAUUGAGGAUCUACCAUAUAUGCCAUUUUUGUCAUUGUAUUUGCAAUUAGAUGCAAAAUCAGAGUUAGUUGACAUUUUGUCAAAGUUUACUGAAACACCUAAUAUGAUUUCAUGCAAAUAUAAAAUUACAGAAGUAUUAGAAGAUUAUAAAAUAGAUACAAAAGAAACAAAAAAGAAUUUGUUAAGAAGAUUAGACUUGAAAAUAAAGAAGAUUCAAUCUAUACCAGUUUCUAUAGCCUCAUCAUCAGCCAAAGUUAGCAAUCUCACAAAUAGCCUUAAACAUUUAUUGUCUGCUUGGGUUGAACCUGUAAUAGGAGAAGGUCAAGAAACCAUGAAAAUAGUUAAACAUCUGACUCCAAAAAUAUACAAGAUGGAGGAGUAG